GCCACGGCGACAACGGCCGCAGGAGGCGCCGUCUCCCGCCCAGGUGCGCGCUUCGCUCCCGGCGCCGCGGAACUCGGCGGCAGCCAUGGCGUCCAACAUGGACCGCGAGAUCAUCCUGGCGGAUUUUCAGGCAUGUACUGGCAUUGAGAACAUUGAUGAAGCUAUUACAUUGCUUGAACAAAAUAAUUGGGAUUUAGUGGCAGCUAUCAAUGGUGUAAUACCCCAGGAAAAUGGCAUUCUACAAAGUGAAUAUGGAGGUGAGACCAUACCAGGACCUGCAUUUGAUCCAGCAAGUCACUCAGCUCCAGCUCCUACACCUUCCUCCUCUUCAGCAUUUCGACCUGUACUGCCAUCCAGGCAGAUUGUAGAAAGGCAACCUCGGAUGCUGGACUUCAGGGUUGAGUACAGAGACAGAAAUGUAGAUGUGGUACUUGAAGACAGCUGUACUGUUGGAGAAAUUAAACAAAUCCUAGAAAAUGAACUUCAGAUACCUGUGUCUAAAAUGCUGUUAAAAGGCUGGAAGACUGGAGAUGUGGAAGACAGUACGGUCUUAAAAUCGCUACACUUGCCAAAAAACAACAGUCUUUAUGUUCUGACACCAGAUUUGCCACCACCUUCGUCAUCUAGUCAUGCUGGUGCCCUGCAGGAGUCAUUAAAUCAAAACUUCAUGCUGAUCAUCACCCACCGAGAAGUCCAGCGGGAGUACAACCUGAACUUCUCAGGAAGCAGUACCAUUCAAGAGGUAAAAAGAAAUGUGUAUGACCUUACAAGCAUACCCGUUCGACAUCAGUUAUGGGAGGGCUGGCCACCCUCUGCCACAGAUGAUUCAAUGUGUCUUGCUGAGUCAGGGCUCUCUUAUCCCUGCCAUCGACUCACUGUGGGAAGAAGGUCUUCACCUGCACAGACCCGGGAGCAGUCAGAAGAGCAAAGCACCGAUGUUCAUAUGGUUAGUGAUAGCGAUGGAGAUGACUUUGAAGAUGCUUCAGAAUUUGGGGUGGAUGAUGGAGAAGUAUUCGGCAUGCCGUCAUCUGCCCUGAGAAAAUCUCCAAUGAUGCCAGAAAACGCAGAAAAUGAAGGAGAUGCCUUAUUACAAUUUACAGCAGAGUUUUCUUCAAGAUAUGGUGACUGCCAUCCUGUUUUUUUUAUUGGCUCAUUAGAAGCUGCUUUUCAAGAGGCCUUCUAUGUGAAAGCCCGAGAUAGAAAGCUUCUUGCUAUCUACCUCCAUCACGAUGAAAGUGUACUAACCAACGUGUUCUGCUCACAAAUGCUUUGUGCUGAAUCCAUUGUUUCUUAUCUGAGUCAAAAUUUUAUAACCUGGGCUUGGGAUCUGACAAAGGACGCCAACAGAGCAAGGUUUCUAACAAUGUGUAAUCGACACUUUGGCAGUGUUGUUGCACAGACCAUUCGGACUCAAAAAACUGAUCAGUUUCCACUUUUCCUGAUUAUUAUGGGAAAGCGAUCAUCUAAUGAAGUGUUAAAUGUGAUACAAGGCAACACUACAGUGGAUGAGUUGAUGAUGAGACUGAUGGCUGCAAUGGAGAUAUUCUCAGCCCAGCAACAGGAAGAUAUAAAGGACGAGGAUGAACGUGAAGCCAGAGAAAAUGUGAAGAGAGAGCAAGAUGAAGCCUAUCGCCUUUCACUUGAGGCUGACAGAGCAAAGAGGGAAGCUCAUGAGAGAGAGAUGGCAGAACAGUUUCGUUUGGAGCAGAUUCGCAAGGAACAAGAAGAGGAACGUGAGGCCAUCCGACUCUCCUUAGAGCAAGCCCUGCCUCCAGAGCCAAAGGAAGAAAAUGCUGAGCCUGUGAGCAAACUUCGGAUCCGGACACCCAGUGGCGAGUUCCUGGAGCGGCGUUUCCUGGCUAGCAAUAAGCUCCAGAUUGUCUUCGAUUUUGUAGCUUCCAAAGGAUUUCCAUGGGAUGAAUUCAAGUUACUGAGCACCUUUCCUAGGAGAGAUGUCACUCAGCUAGACCCCAAUAAAUCAUUAUUGGAAGUAAAGUUGUUCCCUCAAGAAACCCUGUUCCUUGAAGCAAAAGAAUAAACACAGCUCAGCAGUGGAACCAGCCAUUCCUUGACAAGCCAGUGGCCUGCGUCAAGACAUAGGCUCCUCACCAACCCACCCACUUGCUCGUCUCACUCAAUUCAGUGUCACACUUCUGCCUCUUGCAAGAUUGCUGGAAAAAAAGUAAUAAUAAACAUAGCUACUUAAAAUUUCCCAUCCAUGAGUAUAUGUUCCCAGCCCUCAUACAGAGAAUUACAACUCUGCACCUUCCCUGGCUCCCACCCUUUGCCCUCAUCCAGUGACUAAUGUACUGUUCAAGUGUGCGUGAUCAUCAGAAGUUUCACCUCCUCGGCACCUAUCUUCCCCCCAAAGUAUCUAGGACAGUUCUGCCUGUCCUGUGACACCAGGAUGCUAUGUAUUUGAUAUGUCUCAUUGAGCUAGGGCUCACACCUCUGCCUUUUUAUUUUCACAGACGGAUUUCUACUUUGUCACCUAAUUUUAAGAGGCAAGGGAAACAUCAAAUGGGACAUUCUUGGCAUGGAGAUUAAACAUUGUAGGAAAAAAGUUA